UCCUCUCCAUCAAGCUCGCGGCGUCAAGGCCGCCCAGACCCACAGCGCCCUCUCUCGGCCUAAACUUCCCAGCCGUCUACUCACAGUACCAGGUAUCACUUAGAACAGAGAGGCACAGCCUCGGGUGCACCAAUGAGCCAAAUGGAGUUUGAAAUGGCCUGCGCUUCGCUCAAGCAGCUGAAGGGUCCUCUGAGCGAUCAGGAGAAACUGCUAGUGUACAGCUUCUACAAGCAGGCCACUCAGGGAGACUGUAACAUCCCUGUCCCUCCAGCCACAGAUGUGAAAGCAAAGGCCAAAUGGGAGGCGUGGAAUGUGAACAAAGGGAUGUCCAAGAUGGAUGCCAUGAGGAUCUACAUUGCCAAGGUGGAAGAGCUGAAGAAAAAUGAGCCCUGCUAAGGACAUUUUGGCAGACACAAGGAAGUAGCAUGGCCCCACUGGUAGGGAAUGGUUCAUUCCUGCUCCUGACAGCUGAAAUGCAUUGAAAGGGUAGCAAGGUUAGCGGAGACAUCAAUAAAUCAC